CAACUAUCCAUGCUAUCCGCGGUUUUCUUGGCUACAACUUCCACAGUUGUAAUGAAAAAAUAAUAAUCUGUAACAGUUAAGUGAAUAAAUGUUAGUAAGGGUGUUGAUGUGUACAGUCUUAUAACUGAUGCUAGUGCUGGGCAGCAGGUGAUUUCACUUUCCCUCAUUAGUGCUGUUCAGAAUGUCGGAGAUGUCAAGACGUUUCACAUGAUGGUUGAACUGCUCCAUGGUACUUUAAAAUAGCAAAUUCUCAAGUUAAUUUCAAAUGGGUCGCAUGCGCAACGAUAUCGAUGGAAGCCCGAAUUAAUUGUGCACGUGAGCUGCUCUGCGUUUGUCACUAGCUCGCAUUUUAAGGAGCGCCUUACAAGCGCGCACUGAUCCUGUCACUGGUCUUGAGCUCGCGUUUCGCGGGAAGCCCGGUUGACAUGCUCGCAUGUCGGGAAACUCUCUUGAAAUCCCAAGCCUAAACCUAACCAUCAGUGGAUUAAAAAAAUAAUGUUAGAGGGAAAAAUGUAACCACUGAAUCGCGUUCAGUGCCACGAGGGAAGGCAAAAUGAAGCUCCUGAUUCUGGCUGCACUCCUUGGACUGUCCAUUGCCCAGCACAACCCAAAUACUAAAUAUGGUAGGACCACCAUCGUUCAUCUGUUUGAGUGGCGCUGGGCAGAUAUAGCAGCAGAAUGUGAGAGAUACCUGGCACCAAAUGGCUAUGGUGGGGUUCAGAUCUCUCCCCCCAGUGAGAGUAUCGUGAUUUCCAAUCCUUGGAACCCUUGGUGGCAAAGGUAUCAACCAGUCAGUUACAACUUGUGCUCCAGAUCAGGAACCGAGGCACAGCUGAGCGACAUGAUUAUACGCUGUAACAACGUUGGGGUGAACAUAUAUGUGGACGCAGUCAUCAAUCACAUGUCUGGAGCAGGUGGUGGAGAGGGCACUCAUUCCAGCUGUGGAACGUACUUCAAUGCCAACAGCAAGGACUUCCCAUCUGUCCCCUACUCAUCCUGGGACUUUAAUGAUGGCAAAUGUAAAGCCGGCAAUGGAGAGAUUGGAAACUACAAUGACAUUUUCCAGGUUAGAGAUUGCCGCUUGGUGAGUCUCCUGGAUUUGGCCCUGGAGAAGGACUACGUUCGAGGAAAAGUGGCUGAAUACAUGAACAAACUGAUCAACAUGGGUGUGGCUGGAUUCAGAGUAGAUGCUUGCAAGCACAUGUGGCCUGGUGACCUUAAUAGUGUGUUUGGUAAACUCAAGACCCUGAAUACCACUUGGUUUUCACCUGGCAACAAACCCUUCAUUUAUCAAGAGGUUAUUGACUUGGGUGGGGAGACCAUUAAAGCCAGUGAAUACUUUGAGCUCGGGAGAGUGACGGAGUUCAAGUACAGUGCGAAACUAGGGACAGUGAUUCGUAAAUGGGACGGAGAAAAGCUAAACUAUCUAAAGAACUGGGGAGAGGGCUGGGGUUUCCUGCCCUCUGAUAAAGCCUUGGUGUUUGUGGACAAUCAUGAUAAUCAGAGAGGCCAUGGUGCUGGUGGAGCUUCAGUUCUAACAUUCUGGGACUCUAGGCUUUAUAAGAUUGCUGCAGGGUUCAUGUUGGCUCAUCCAUAUGGUGUGACUCGUGUGAUGUCCAGUUACCACUGGGAUCGGCACUUUGUGAAUGGAAAGGAUCAGAAUGACUGGAUGGGCCCUCCAAGCAAUGCCAAUGGAUCCACUAAGACAGUACCCAUCAACCCAGACUCCACCUGUGGGGACAAGUGGGUAUGUGAACACAGGUGGCGUCAAAUCAGAAAUAUGGUGAUUUUUCGCAAUGUAGUUAAUGGCCAGCCUCUUGCCAACUGGUGGGACAAUGGUAAUAAUCAGAUCGCAUUUAGCCGAGGCAGCAAGGGAUUCAUUGUCAUUAACAAUGAUGACUGGGAUUUGAAAGAGACCCUGAACACUGGCCUGCUCGGAGGCAUGUACUGUGAUGUCAUCUCUGGAGAUAAGAUUGGAGGCAGUUGCACAGGGAAACAGAUCUCAGUUGGUUCUGAUGGAUGUGCCACCUUCAACCUCAGCCACACAGAGGAGGAUCCAUUCAUUGCCAUCCAUGCAGAGUCAAAAUUGUAGAUUUUAUUGGUGCUCCACUCAUAUGGUUUUAGCCAAUGCUGAUACAGAAAACUACAGAGCAGAGUGACCAAUAUAAAUUGGGAUAUAGGCUAAUACAAUUUAAUUAUUUCAACUGAGAUGUAUAGACCAUUUCAAGGGAUAUUCGUUGUUUUAAUGAAAUGACGUUUUUGUUCCUUUGACUUGAUGCCUUGGACUGCCUGACAGAUUCUGACACCCCACUUCCUGAUUGGCCCUUAUCCCUACACCCAGCCCUAACCCUAACCUCAUUGGCCCCUACCCUUAAAGCCUAUACCUACACCUAACCCUAAACAUAAGGAGACUAGGGAGUCAAAGGUUCCACUCAGAUUUUCAGUUGCACUUGGCAGAGCUUAAAUGAAUAUUCAUGAGUUUCCUCAACGUGUGUGGAACCGAAAAUGUCAGUCCACGCUCCUCAAAUGUCAACAUGAAAUCCACUAAUGGAUUAUUUUGAAAUGGUACGUUUCAGCAUCAAAGUUAAGCCUAAACUACAAUUGUUCUCAUUAUCACAACAGUUUAUAGUUUGUAAUAUGUGUUUUUGAUUCAUCUACACAUUCUGUGCAUCUUUGCCUAAAUGUUUUUAAGUCCUAGAAAUGGUCUAUACAUAUGUGCUGAAAUAAUGAGCAAUAUUUACUUGAAAUUCAUUAAAAAUAGAUUUAGUUUUUUUGUUUUUUGUAAGGGAGAGCUAAUGCUUCUGUUAAUUAGCCAAGUGGGAAUGGUUGUCUCACAAUGUGAUCAACCACUAUGACACAUACUGUAGCUCCAGAACAGCAUACUUUAUUAUUAUUUUUUUUAUCCUAUUUUCUCCCAAUUUGGAAUGCCCAAUUCCCACUACUUAGUAGGUCCUCGUGGUGGCGCGGUUACCUCAAUCCGGGUGGCGGAGGGCAAGUCUCAGUUGCCUCUGCUUCUGAGACUGUCAGUCCGCGCAUCUUAUCACGUGGCUCGUUGUGCAUGACACCGCGGAGACUCCCAGCAUGUGGAGGCUCAUGCUACUCCCCACGAACCAUGCACAAAUUACCAUGCACCCCAUUGAGAGCAAGAACCACUAAUUGCGACCACAAGGAGGUUACCCAAUGUGACUCUACCCUCCCUAGCAAUUGGGCCAAUUUGGUUGCUUAGGAGACCUGGCUGGAGUCACUCAGCACACCCUGGAUUCAAACUCACGACUCCAUGGGUGGUAGUCAAUACUCACUGAGCUACCCAGGCCCCCUCAGAAGAGCAUACUUAUUAUUUUUAUUUAGACCAACUGAAUUAAAAUGAGUAAAUAUGUUUUUUGCUAAUUGCUAAAGUUUUGGUCAAAAAGAAAUAGAAGUUUUUAAAAAAUGUUUUAAAUGAUGUACACUCACAUGACGACUAUAGUCAUAUCAGUCUUAUGGUCCCGAAAUACUUCAUAAGAUAUUUAAUUAGUCUACAAAAGGAAUCAAAUCUACUCAAAUACUCUCAGGUGCAAUUCACUCAUGUGCCAUCUGCAGUGAAAGCCAUUCACACAUCUGUCCAAAGUAAGAUAUGCCUCUCUUAUUCAUUUGUUUGUAUUUUGCCCACUAAAAUUCACCUAUCUUUGCAAUAGUAUUAGUGUCAUCAUAAAUUACAAUAACAGAGUGUAAUCGGUGCAUAUUAUGGCCACGUAUAGCAUGUUAGCUCAAUAGCUCCAUGAAUUCAGAAUGUAAACAAGUAAUAAAUAAAACAAAUAAAAAAUUA